AUGCAGCAGCAGCAGCAGCAGCAGCACAGAGAACUCACCCUCGUGACUCCUCUUCUCUCUCUGUUCUUCUUUAUCCUGUUCUCUCUCAAUGUCGCCGCCGCCGCCGUCCACGAGAACCCGUUCUCCCCCAAAGGCUAUCUCACCCGUUACUGGAACAAGGAGGUCCGAAACGACGCCAUUGGACCCUCCUUCCUGCUCUCCAAGGCCUCCCCAUUAACCGCAGCCCAGUCCGCUAACUUCGCCAAACUCGCUUCCCAAAAUGCCCUCCACACCAAGCUCCCCGAGUUUUGCUCCUCCGCAAAACUCCUCUGCUUCCCCGAUUUGGGGCAGAGCCUUGAGAAGCACGCCAAGGACGCGAGUUUUACGGGUUACUCGGCCCGCAAUUUCAGCAACUACGGCACGGAUCGGCUCGCCGGCGCCGACAGCUUCAAGAACUACUCCCUCGGGGAGAAUAUUCCGGUGGACUCUUUCCGCCGCUACAGCCGCGACUCGGUGGACCACAAGGACAAGUUCAACAACUACGCCACCGAAGGCAACGUCAUCGACCAGAGCUUCAGCUCCUACGCCGCCGGCGCCACCUCCGGCAGCGGCGACUUCAAGAACUACGCAGAGAAAUCCAAUGUCCCCAACCUCCGAUUCACCUCCUACUCCGACGACUCCAACGGCCGGGCCCAGUCCUUCACCGCCUACAGCAAUAUCGGCAACGCCGGCCAGCAGAAGUUCACGAGCUACUCCAAGAACGGCAAUGGCGCCCCGAACGAGUUCACCGGGUACGGCACCAGCUCCAAUGUCGCCGCGUCGGACUUCACCGGGUACAGCGAGUCCGGCAACGGAGCCAACGACACGUUCACCAACUACGGCAACGACGAGAACAACCCGACCGAGCGGUUCAAGAGCUACGGCGACGGCGUCAAUGCCGGGUCGGAGAAAUUCUCCAACUACAGAGACGGGGCCAAUGUCGGAGAGAGCUCGUUCCAGUCGUACGGCAAGAACUCCAACACCGAGAAGGUCAAUUUCGUCAAUUACGGGAAAAGCGUCAACAACGGGACGGAGUCCUUCACCGGGUACGGUAAAGGCGCGAAGGGCGGGUCGUUCGGGUUCAAGAUCUACGGCGUCAACAACACUUUCAAGGAUUACAAGGACAAAAAUGCAGCCAAGUUCACGGAAUACGCUGCGGAUGAAAAGACCAAUUUGGCCUCGAAAUUGGCCGCGAGCAGUGGCAGUUUGGCCAAAAAAUGGGUGGAGCCGGGCAAAUUCUUCAGGGAGUCUAUGCUGAAGAAAGGAACUGUGAUGCCAUUCCCCGACAUUAAAGAUAAAAUGCCCGAAAGGUCGUUUCUGCCCCGGACAAUCUCCUCCAAAUUACCAUUUGCCACCUCCAAGGUCACCGACCUCAAGAGGAUCUUCCACGCCGAGGACAACUCCACCAUGGAGAAGAUCAUCACCGACGCCCUGCAGGAGUGCGAGCGGGCGCCGAGCAUGGGCGAGACCAAGAGGUGCGUCGGCUCGGCCGAGGACAUGAUCGAUUUCGCGACGUCCGUUCUCGGCCGAAACGUCGUUGUUCGCACCACUGAAAGCGUCAAUGGUGCGAAAGGAGAUGUGGUGGUUGGAUCAGUGAAGGGGAUCAACGGCGGGAAAGUCACGCAGUCCGUGUCUUGCCACCAGAGCUUGUUUCCUUACCUCCUCUACUACUGCCACUCGGUUCCUAAAGUCCGGGUUUACGAAGCGGAUCUUCUAGACCCGACUACGAAGGCCAAGAUCAACCAUGGUGUUGCCAUCUGUCACUUGGACACGUCUGCUUGGAGCCCUACCCAUGGAUCCUUUGCGGCUCUUGGAUCGGGUCCGGGUCGGAUCGAGGUGUGCCAUUGGAUAUUUGAGAAUGACUUGACUUGGACUAUUGCUGACUGAAGAGGGUGAAAGUACGAGUAAGUCAUAGCAUUUGGGUAAGUAAUUUGGGCUCGAGCCACUGGUUAAGAAGUGUUAGCUACUGGUUCGAGUUAGGCUAUUUAUAACUGUAUUAUGAAGUAAUGGUCUUUUUUUUUUCUUUUACAUUUUGGAACAUGUCUUAAUUAUUCUACAUAUUAUCUUCGGGUAAUGUUUAUGCUGCUUCCUCAAUAAUUGGAAGCCAGAUUAAUGAAGCCAAUGGGGUUUGAUAAUGCUAUUAUAGUUUAUAUGUUGCAAAUGUGAA